CCGAGGACCGGCUGCUCGGCAGUCUGUCACGGGGCGAAGAGCGGGAACCACGUUAACCGGUUCCCCGGUUACGGACGCACAUAUACACACACUCAAAGACAUCCAUAUAGCGAGAGUCUCAGAGCUCUUUCUUUUGUACGAUACGUAUACCUUUUGCAGCAGCCAGAGGCAGUAGUUGCUCGCCCGGCGUUGCCUGCACCAGCAGCAGCAGCAGCAGCAGCAGGAUCACACCACACGGAGCUCCAGUGAAAAAUCAUACGUUCUUUUUUUCUCUCUCGCUCGCUCUCUCACGGAUCCUCGACAGUGCUACAACGCGCUCUCAUGCGCCGGACGAGUCGCGGCAUCGGCUCUCCUCCGCUGUAGAAGCGGCCAGUGAAUUGCGCGCCGCGAGUAUAGCGCAUUCCACGUACGAUUUUUUUUCGAGUCGAGAGUGUUUGUCAGUCAGCGAUCGCCGCGAGUGAGCCUUUCUGAAAGGCUUGAGACAAUCAUCAACGACGCAACGAGUCUACGACAGCGAUAACAUGCUGACGGAUAUGACACCGGCGGCUGCCGGACAGCUCUAUCCGCAGCUACAGUCCAUCAGCAAGUCGCCAGUUCACGGACACGUGGAUCAUCCGGGACUGCGCGGCACGCCGCUGGCGAUGCUCGCGGCCCAGUGCAACAAGCUGAGCAGCAAGAGCCCGCCGCCGCUGGCGGACGCGGCCGUGGGCAAGGGCUUCCACCCGUGGAAGAAGAGCCCGCAGAGCAGCGGCAGCUCGCCCCAACACUCAAGCCAGUCGGCCGGCUGCACGACGACCGGCGUCACGCAGCGGCCCACCGCCACGAGCAGCGCCGGCAGCACCGGCGGGGGCUACGCUCGCGCCCCCGUCACCUCGUGCGCCUCGACCGCGCCCCAGUACGCCAGCGACCUCUACUUCCCGGGCACGGCCAGCGCUCAGCCGGCCAGCGAGCACCACCACCAGACGAGCAUCCUCGGCAAGGUGGAGGGCGCCACGCUCGGCUCAUGCUCGGUCUACGGUCGGCACCCCUACGAGUCCUGGCCGUUCAACGCGAUGCCCGGCGCGAGCCACGGCGGCAUCAAGGCCGCCGACGGCUGGUGGGACGUGCACGGCUCGACCGCGGGCAGCUGGCUCGACGUCAGCGGCACCGUGGGCGUCGGCGUCCACGCCGCCCAGAUGGCCAACUACUCGGCCGCCGCUGACUACUCGACCAGCCUGGCCCUAGCCGGCAACCACCUGCUCAGUCAGACGAGCGCCGGGCACAACCUCCUGCAGGACACGUACAAGUCCAUGCUGCCCGGUGGCCCGCCGAGCUUCGGUCUGCACCACCACGGCGGCGCUGGCGGCGGCGGCGGCGGAGGGGCCUCCAGCCCGCAAGGGAACGCGGGCGGUGGUGGGGGCGCCGGAGCCGGCGUCAGCCAGGCCCCCUCGCCGCGCUCGCAGCGCCGCUACACCGGACGCGCCACCUGCGACUGCCCCAACUGCCAAGAGGCCGAGCGGCUCGGACCGGCCGGCGUCCAUCUGCGGAAGAAGAACAUCCACAGCUGCCACAUACCCGGCUGCGGCAAGGUCUACGGGAAGACGUCCCACCUGAAGGCCCACCUGCGCUGGCACACGGCGGCACCUUCGAACCCACACCGGCGAAAAGAGAUUCGCCUGCCCGGUCUGCAACAAGCGGUUCAUGCGCAGCGAUCACCUCGCGAAGCACGUCAAGACGCACAGCAGCAGCAGCAGCAGCGGCAGCAAGGGCAAGGGGGGAGCGGGGAGCUCGUCGGCCGAGUCCUGCUCCGACAGCGAGGACAACGGGAGUCAGCAGAGUCCCACUUCCAGCUCGGGGGCGGGUCAGGUGCAGGUGUCCCAGGUAACGCUGCCGGCGGGUCCGCAGCCGGCCCAGCAGGCUCCCCAGCAGCCAAUGCAGCAGCAGCUGGGCCAGCCGGCGCACCAGCCGGGCAGCUCGCCUCCGGACACCAGCACCAACUCGCUGCCGAGCAGCGCCAACAACACCUUGUCGCAUCAGUCGACGGCGCCCAUGACCCCCAUGCAGAUGACGCAUCCCUCGUCUCUGAGCCAACACCAUCCCCACCACCCGCAUCUCCCGCCGCUAAUGCACCACCACCCGCACCAUCACGUGGCGGCGGCGGCAGCGGCGGCGGCGGCCUCCGUCUCGGCCCAUCACCAUCAUCAUCAUCAUCAUCCUCACGCCGGGAUGAGCAUGCACUGAGCCCGGUGGGGCCCGGAGCAGCCUCCCACGCGGCCCUGGGCUCCCCCCUAUCCUACCCACUGAACCUCAACCUCAUCCACCACCAGAACUCCCAGUCUGCGGCGGCCUCGAUGCUCGCCAUGCAGCAGUCCUACCAGCAGCACCAGCAGCAACAAGCCCAGCAACAAGCCCAACAGCAACACCACCACCAACAGCAGCAACAUCCCGGCUACUCCCAGCAGAACCCCGGCACUCCCGGCCAAGCUCAGACCCCCUCGCCAUCCUCGCCGCCACCUGUACAUAGUCUCUAAUAGGCCGACACUCCUACGCGCUACCCCCUUCUCCUUCGCACGCCACAUGUUUUUUGAUUGAAUUCUCUCGAUACUUUUCGACUCUUCUUAUAUAUAUACGAGAUGAUGAUGAUUAUUAUUACGAUUACGAUUAUUAUUAUUACGAUAUCUAUGGAAUACGGACUACUGCUACUUUCACCAAAAUUGUGAACGACCACCUGCACAUACGGAACUCUCGUUGUGUACUCGAAUGGGGAGCUCGUUUAGACUAUAUACAUAUGCAGAAAUGCAGAAAGUAAGAGAGAGAGAGAGAGAAAGAGAGAGAGAGAGAGAUACUAUAUAUAUUAUUGAAAAAAAGAAACAC